UGGCUGACGGCAGCGCCGCGCUACAUUUGGAGAGGUCACUCAGGAGACGGCAUUGGGCUCGGGGUCUGGGGGGGGGUCUCAGAGUCCGCGGCAUUAUGUGGAGCGUCUGUGCGCGGCGGGCCCAGCGUGCGGCCCCGAGGGCGGGAUUCGGGGCUCGGUGCACGGCCUUGCGGGAGGGAUCCGAAGCUCCCUGCACGACCCCCCUGUUUGGCUGGGCCCCGGCCCGCUGCAACAGUGCGAUCACAGGGUAUGGCGGGGUCCGGGCACUUUGCGGCUGGAGCCCCAGCUCUGCGGCCACACCGCGGAAUCGGUUUCUGCUGCAGCUUUUGGCCUUGCCCGGCCGCCGGUGUUAUAGUUUUCCGCCGCAUCAGAAGGUUCCAUUGCCCUCUCUUUCCCCUACAAUGCAGGCUGGCACUAUAGCUCGUUGGGAGAAAAAGGAAGGGGAAAAAAUCAAUGAGGGUGAUCUAAUUGCAGAGGUUGAAACAGAUAAAGCCACUGUUGGGUUUGAGAGCCUGGAAGAAUGUUACAUGGCAAAGAUUCUUGUUGCUGAAGGUGCCAGAGAUGUUCCAGUUGGAGCAAUUAUCUGUAUUACAGUUGAAAAGCCAGAGGAUAUUGAGGCCUUUAAAAAUUAUACAUUGGAUACCUCUGCAGCACCUCCCCCACAAGCAGCCCCAGCAUCAACCCCUGCUGCUGCUGCUUCACCUCCCACACCUUCUGCUCAGGCUCCUGGUAGCUCAUAUCCCACUCACAUGCAGGUGGUUCUUCCUGCCCUUUCUCCCACCAUGACCAUGGGCACAGUUCAGAGGUGGGAAAAAAAAGUGGGUGAAAAGCUAAGUGAAGGGGACUUGUUGGCAGAGAUAGAGACUGACAAGGCCACCAUAGGUUUUGAAGUUCAGGAAGAAGGUUACCUCGCAAAAAUCUUGAUCCCUGAAGGCACAAGAGAUGUCCCUCUAGGAACCCCACUCUGUAUCAUUGUAGAAAAAGAAGCAGAUAUACCAGCAUUUGCUGAUUAUAGGCCAACUGAAGUAACUGAUUUAAAACCUCAAGCACCACCACCUACCCCACCGCCGGUGGCCACUGUUCCUCCAACUCCCCAACCUGUAGCUUCUAUACCUCUAGCUACCCGCCCAGCUACUUCUGCUGCACCAAAGGGAAGGGUGUUUAUUAGCCCUCUUGCAAAGAAAUUGGCAGCAGAGAAAGGGAUUGACCUUGCACAAGUGAAAGGGACGGGACCAGAUGGCAGAAUCACCAAGAAGGACAUUGACUCUUUUGUGCCUACCAAACCUGCCCCUGCCCCAGCAGCUGCUGUGCCUCUCCCAGGUCCAGGAGUGACACCAGUUCCUACAGGUGUCUUCACAGAUAUCCCAAUCAGCAACAUUCGCCGAGUUAUUGCACAGCGGUUAAUGCAAUCUAAGCAAACCAUACCUCAUUAUUACCUUUCUAUUGAUGUAAAUAUGGGAGAAGUUUUGUUGGUACGGAAAGAACUUAAUAAGAUUUUAGAAGGGACCAGCAAAAUUUCUGUCAAUGACUUCAUCAUAAAAGCUUCAGCUUUGGCAUGUUUAAAAGUUCCUGAAGCAAAUUCUUCUUGGCUGGACACAGUUAUAAGACAGAAUCACGUUGUUGAUAUCAGUGUUGCUGUCAAUACUCCUGCAGGACUUAUAACUCCUAUUGUAUUUAAUGCACAUAUAAAAGGACUGGAAACCAUUGCGAAAGAUGUUGUUUCUUUAGCAACCAAAGCUCGAGAGGGUAAACUACAGCCACAUGAAUUCCAGGGUGGCACUUUUACAAUCUCCAAUUUAGGAAUGUUUGGAAUUAAGAAUUUCUCUGCUAUUAUUAACCCACCUCAAGCAUGUAUUUUGGCAAUUGGUGCUUCAGAGGAUAGACUGCUUCCAGCAGAUAAUGAAAAAGGAUUUGAUGUAGCUAGCAUGAUGUCUGUUACACUCAGUUGUGAUCAUCGGGUUGUUGAUGGAGCAGUUGGAGCACAGUGGCUUGCUGAGUUUAGAAAAUACCUUGAAAAGCCUAUCACCAUGUUGUUAUAAUUAACCCAAGAAUUUCUAGACGACUCAGUCAUAUCAGUUCAUUCUUAUAAAAAAAUAUUUAUGUGUUAUUAAACAUGUGGUUCUUUUUAUUUUAAAGUUAAACAGUUAUUUUGUCCAGAUAAGUUAUUUGUAAUGGGCAUUACUGGAUUUUUUUUUUUUAAUGCCAAUUACACCCAAAUAUUUUGCACAUUUAGUAAUUAAAUACCAGAUUUUAAGCUGUCUUCCUUGUCACAGGACAUGUGGCCUAGCCCUUUGGUGAUAAGUACUUUCACUCAGAAAUAUAGUAGAGGCAGAAUUGUGGUUCCCUGUUGAGACAGGUACAUAAAAGCAACCUGGGUGAAACUUGGAAGCUCUGCAAUUAAUUACCUAAAAUGUUUUACUGGGUUUAAAAAAAAGAGAAGUCAGGAAAAUUCUCUUGGAAAAAGGGUUUGGCUUGAAGGUUUAUUUUGGAAUUUAACCUCUAAAUUUUUCUAUACAUGAUUUAUCAUGGAUGGGGAGGAUAGAGAACAUCGAAAAUAAGUGAGAUUUCAAAAGUCAACAUUUUCUUACAUCUCUUCAACCAUGUUAUUUUUCUAUGAAUCCCUAAACUGUUUCGUAUCCUAUUGAGAUGAUGACAUAAUGACAUAUAAACCAGUUACUUGGUGUGAGAAUUUCUGUGGGUAUUUAAACAACUUAAAUGGGUAACUCAGAGUACAAUUCUGCAGUUAUCUCCAAAUAAAAUAUGCUUGUAGAAUUUAACAGAAAGAAGUUGUGAAAGAAUCCUUACUUCAAGAUUAACUGGGUGGUUACUUCCAAAUGAAUUUAACUAUCAGAAUUUGUUGCUUGGAAAACUAUGGAAGAAGUGUAUAUAUAUAUAAAAUGGCUACCAAGAAUUGGAUGUGUGCCAAAGUCCAUUUAUUACUAAGACCCAUUUGCAUUGUUGAACAGUUUGGAGUGAUGAAAGGAUCAAUCGCAAAACAAAGUGGUCAUUUUUACUUGGAUAAAUAGAAAAAAGAUAAGUGGAAGAUGUUAAAUAUAUGCAAAAAAGGCCUAUGUCUUUCCACCCCAGGGUUGUCGCAUAUAAAUAAGAAAGGUAGUGGAGAGAAAAAUUUGUUUAGUUGCUAUCUUAACAGCUUAAAUACUUUUUUUUUCCAUUUUGUUAUAAUUUGCCUUUCUUUUGUGGGGAGGGAGGGGAAGAUAUUCAGGAUGAUAAUAAUUGGAAACAUUAUUACAAUUCCAGACUUCCUUAUCAAAUUGAUGUGUUUUAGUAACUGUUUGGAAUUGUUUAUGACUAAAAUAAAUUUGACCAGUGCUUCCUUGUAUAUAUGUAUUAUGUGGUGACACUAGCCCAGGAUAUUUAUUCUGUCUUUUAGCGUUGACUCUAUUUCUAAAUGUUCAUUUACAUGAUGCAUGAGUACAAGUGACACUCCAUAUAUUCUAUAAAUAUUCAUUUUGUUGUAUUAUUUUGAAAACAACUGAAUCCAUUAAUCUAAUUUUUCAGUAAUUAGUUAUUUUAUCUUGAACUGAAGAUUAUGGAGAAGGAAUAAGCUUAUCACAAGGGACCAUCAUCAGUAUGAGCCAAAUCUGGUUCAAAGAUAAGAAAUUUCAAAGAUAAUUCACUCUUUGCUAAUGCUUAUGGCUCUGUUAUUCCCUUGAAAGAAAAAUAAAAACAACUGCCUUUUAAUAAAAAUUGUUCUGAGUUAAAAAUUAA